AUGAUCCGUCAAACAACUACAGUUCUGGUUGUGUUGUCCCUUCUCGCCAUGUUUGUGGCUCAGGAAGUCGCCGAGGAAGCUCUUACGGAUCCAGAAGCAGCUGAAGCGGAUAAUGCCAAAAACAAUGCAACGGAUGCUCCCGCUGAUGCUACACCGGGAUCUGGAUCAGAUGCUCCAGCUGCUCCAGAAGGAUCUGGCGCCGAAGCCGAAGCCACCACAGCGAAGAGUUCUACUGCUGCAGUGACCAUCAUUGGAGCAAUCGCCGUUUUUGGAGUUGCCCAUCUCCUCUGA